AUGACGGAGCAUGCAGCACCUUGGGGAUUCAGGCCGACCACAUUGGAGGAAAGAGUUGGAUUCACGAGUUGUGUUGAAUAUUGGGCAUGCCUCGUGCUGGUCUGCUGGUCUCCGGGAAAGCCAGACAGCCACCAUGAUGUGUCGGCACGGAGGUAUCUUGUUCAAGUGAAUGAGUCUCUCACUCCAUCGCAACGAAAGGAUGUGGAGGACUGCGUAGGAGGAAGACACCCAAAGUACCUACACGAUGACACGUACAUGGUCUUUGCUGACGAGAGGGAGAUCGAGGUGUUGAGAAGAAGGGGGUUCGUGCAAGGCAUACGGAUGCAGCAUGAAACUGACAAGAUGUCUCUCGACAUUCUGCCCUCUCCCUGGACAAGAGCGACGAGCGGACCGCAGGCGGACUCACCCUGCUCAGUCCUUGCUUUGCUGGCUGACUGGCGAGAGCUGUUCCCGAGCUACAUACACGACCAAAGGGACCUUGUCAAGGGAUUUUACCGCCUGCAGAUCAGUAGAUGGAGGGCUGGUGUUGCUGAAGAUCAUGGUGUCGAGAUUGAAGCGGAGAUGGUGUCAGAGAGGAAGCUUCACGUCUCAUGCCAGUCAUGUGAGGUCUGCAUGGGAGCUGUCUCACGACUUCUUGCUCGACAGAAUGUGAUCGAGUGGGUAGAGACCAGGCCGAAGCUUGUUGCAAUGGGGAACUUUGUUUCCUCCUUGCUCUCCUCGGGGGACCCAACGUGCGGAGGAAGGGAAGACGAUCUGUUCGUGCGAGCUCUGAAUGGGGAAGGGGAGGUUGUCUCCAUAGCAGACUCCGGCAUAGACCAUCGCAACUGCAUGUUCUGGGACGAGCUGCCCUUGCCUCUCAACACGUUCGACUCCAGGAAGAGAAAGAUUGUGAGCUACUUCUCCUACUCAAACUGCUCCAUCUGUGGUGCCUGCGCCAAGGAUGCCAAGGAGCAGAGGCCUUGCGGAGAUGCAGGAGAUGCUGAGAGGGGUCACGGCACGUACGUGUCGGGAGCUGUCGCAGGAUCAGCAGCGUGUCCAUCGGAUGCUGGCUUCAUGUGUAGUGCGGAGGACGUGAAGUUUGCGUCUCUUUACAACGCGUUGGCGAGGGAGGCGAAGAUUGCCUUCACCGACAUCAUGGUGGGAAAGGGAGAGCUCUCCCCUCCUCUGGACCUUCACAAACAUCUCUUCCCGGACCCGUACAAUCAGUCGGGUGCCCGCGUGAUGCUGCUGGCGUGGGGCUGCGUGGUAAGAGCGACGGAGGAGGCGACUGCGUGCAACCGGUACACCUCGCAGUCUCAGGACAUCGACCUCUUCACCUGGGAGAACCGUGACGCACUUGUUAUCGUGGCUGCAGGAAACGACGGGGAACGAGCUUCGAAGCAGACAGUCGGGGCCCCCGCUACCUCGAAGAACGCCAUCGCCAUCGGCUUCACAGAGACGUGCGUCAACGCGUCAGUCGCCUCCUACGCCUACACCGACCCCUUUGUCGCCGCUGGCUGCGGGCUAUUUGGGAGCUCGAGGUGUUGCCUGUCCUCCUUUGAGAGCAAGUGCUCUCUGUCUCAGUGCUGUGGGGAGGGGAGGGAGGACUGCUGCUUCUCCUCCUUCUCCGGGCCAGGCAUGUCCCCUGACAACGUCGCUGCUGGCUCGAGCAGGGGCUUCACCAUGGACGGGAGGAUCAAGCCUGACAUGGUGGCAGUGGGAAGCCACGUAGUGAGUGCGCGAGCAGCGGGAGAAUCUCUCCCCUCCUCCGGUCCCUUCUGCUCGCUUCCUUCUGGAACUCAAUAUUCAGCUGCUCUCACCUCCCUGACUGGCUCCUCCUCCGCAGCUCCUGGCGUUGCGGCAUCAGCAAUGCUCAUUAGGCAGUACCUCAAGAGAAGAAUGUCGUCAGAGCAAGGAACAAGAGCUGGGGCUGGGGCUGGGGCUGGGGCUGGGGCUGGUGGAAAGGCUCCGUCAGGAGCUCUGGUCAAGGCGAUGCUGCUGGCCAGCUGCGUGACUCCCUCGGGCUUCUACUCGUUCCAGAGCACCCGGUACAAGAUGUACAAGACGCCCAACGAGGCGAGCGGCUUCGGGAGGCCGGUCCUGCGCAACGUUCUCCCCCUUGACGGGACCUUCGAGCUCUUCGUGCAGGACGAAGAGACGAGGCUGAGGACGGGGGACGUGGAGGAGUUGACAGUGUCUGGGGGAUGGAGCAGAGACUACGUCAUCGUCCUCGUGUGGACCGACUUUCCUGCCUCUCCGUCCAGCCAGCGGGCGCUGGUCAACGACCUUGAUCUCAACGUCACCGUCAUCGAUCCCCACGGCGCGCACACCCUCCCCUCCUAUGGCCAGUUCCGCACCAACGACCCUCUCGGGGGAGCGCACCCUGACCCUCGGAGGGACGAGGUGAACAACGUGGAGCGGGUGGUGGUGGAGGCGAAGUUUGCAGGGCUCCUCGGCCUCAGCCCCCAGCACGGAAUCUCGGUGCGUGUCUCUGCCCAUCGCGUCCCUGCUCCUCAGGGUCAGUCGUACGCGCUCGUCAUCGUGGGGCCCAAGGGGAUGCAGGUAGGCAGGAGGCCUUCAGCUCAGCUGCUCCCCAGCUGCGCCGCCUCCACAUCAGGGUCAAUUCUCUCCUCAUCUUUCCUCCUCUUCCAUGUGGGGCUAGUUGGCAUCGUCCUGCUCCUCAGCGGGGUUGCCGCCGGGUAUGACUAA